AUGGAGGCUCUGCCAGGGAAAGCAGGCCAUAAGGACCUCAUUUUGAAGGCUCAGCUCUUUGGAGUGGCAUUGUCAGUGAAUAGGCGUGGAGCUAUUUCCUAUGACAGUUCUGAUCAGACUGCAUUGUACAUUCGUAUGCUAGGAGAUGUACGCGUAAGGAGCCGAGCAGGAUUUGAAUCUGAAAGAAGAGGUUCUCAUCCGUAUAUUGAUUUUCGUAUUUUUCACUCUCAAUCUGAAAUUGAAGUGUCUGUCUCUGCAAGGAAUAUCAGACGGUUACUGAGUUUCCAGCGGUAUCUUAGAUCUUCACGCUUUUUUCGCGGUACUACCGUUUCAAAUUCUCUAAACAUUUUAGAUGAUGAUUAUAAUGGACAAGCCAAGUGUAUGCUGGAAAAAGUUGGAAAUUGGAAUUUUGAUAUCUUUCUAUUUGAUAGACUAACAAAUGGAAAUAGUCUAGUAAGCUUAACCUUUCAUUUAUUUAGUCUUCAUGGAUUAAUUGAGUACUUCCAUUUAGAUAUGAUGAAACUUCGUAGAUUUUUAGUUAUGAUUCAAGAAGAUUACCACAGUCAAAAUCCCUACCACAAUGCAGUCCAUGCUGCAGACGUUACUCAGGCCAUGCACUGUUACUUAAAAGAACCUAAGCUUGCCAAUUCUGUAACUCCUUGGGAUAUCUUGCUGAGCUUAAUUGCAGCUGCCACUCAUGAUCUGGAUCAUCCAGGUGUUAAUCAACCUUUCCUUAUUAAAACUAACCAUUACUUGGCAACUUUAUACAAGAAUACCUCAGUACUAGAAAAUCACCACUGGAGAUCCGCGGUGGGCUUAUUGAGAGAAUCUGGUUUAUUCUCACAUAUGCCAUUAGAAAGCAGGCAACAAAUGGAGACUCAGAUAGGUGCUUUGAUACUAGCCACAGACAUCAGUCGUCAGAAUGAAUAUCUGUCAUUAUUUAGGUCCCAUUUGGAUAGAGGUGACUUAUGCCUAGAAGACACCAGACAUAGGCAUUUGGUUUUACAGAUGGCUUUGAAAUGUGCUGAUAUUUGUAACCCAUGUCGGACCUGGGAAUUAAGCAAGCAGUGGAGUGAAAAAGUAACAGAGGAAUUCUUUCAUCAAGGUGAUAUAGAAAAAAAGUAUCGUUUGGGUGUGAGUCCACUUUGUGAUCGUCAGACUGAAUCUAUUGCCAACAUACAGAUUGGUUUUAUGACUUACUUAGUGGAGCCUUUAUUUACAGAAUGGGCCAGGUUUUCAAAUACAAGACUAUCCCAGACAAUGCUCGGACAUGUGGGGCUGAACAAAGCCAGCUGGAAGGGACUGCAGCGAGAACAGUCCAGCAGUGAGGACGCUAACACUGCGUUUGAGUUGAACUCACAGUUAUUACCUCAGGAAAAUCGAUCAUCAUAAGACCCUCAGAACCAGUGGAACAGACUGCCUCCUGGAGGUUACUAGAAAUGUGAAAUGGGGUCUUGAGGCAAAUCUUCUUGGGAAGCCAAAUUAUGAUCAGCCGGUUGCUUGGUGAGCAUGGAUUCUGAGCAAGGGAAACAAGUUGCCUCAUGCAUCCAUCUCCCUAUGGGGAUACACCUGCUGAUAUUCAUGUUUGUGGACCAGGGUAUCCCCUAGCCCUGGACGAUGCUAGAGAUUUCUCUGCCAGUCGUUGCUCCUCCACAUCGGCUUCUGAUUGGCACAUCCAUUAGACACGUCAUCGCCUUCACCCGUGCUUCAGAUGAGCCUCCCUAGGCUCCACUCUGCCUCUGAGUGAUUGCUUACUUCUGCUCUGAUCCAUUAUGUUUGUCUUACAGUUUAAUACUCAGUGGACUAUCUUCUCAUUUACACAUUCUCAGGGGACACCUUGGUGUUGCUCCCAUUUCCUGCCUACACAUAUGAGGGUUCUUCAAAAAGUUCAUGGAAAGAUAUGUAUUCUCUUUUAUUUUUCCACUAACUCUUUGCAGUAUCGUCAGACAAAAAACCUCACUGAAAAGUUAUUUUGUUGUGUAUAUGUGGGAAUCACCUUCCACAGCCCUGGUUCUCAAAUAAGACCCAUAUUCCUUGAGCAUUGAUUUUUCUAGAAAAAUCUGAGGAAAUGGUUAAGUAUUUAGAAGAUCACAGUUUUUAAAAAGUAAUUAUGGAACAAUGAAAAUUCACAUGAAUUUUCAAGAUAAAACAGACUUCAAAAAAUUGUUGAGCAUGGAGCAGCCCUUUGGGUCUCUGGGCCCAACACUUGGGGGGGCGUCCCUGCUCUAGGGGUAAAGGUCCUUGGAGAGAAAAUUUUGACAAGUCCUAGGUUAAUGAAAAAAGAAAAAACUAUGGUUCCUGGUCAAUAUUUGUACUCAGCUGUAAAUGUGAUGGUUUAUAAUGAUCCUCUUUGUAUAAAAGAAGUAAAAAUUAUAUUUUAUGUCCUUUGCAAACCUGGAAAAUAUAUUUGUACCUGAGGUACAGAUUAGAGGUGCUAGUAAUUCCUUGAAGAUUCUGAAAAUGGUCUCUUUUUCCAAAAUGCUUUCUUGGCUUUUAAGCUUUCUAAUCUCUUAAAACUUUAAACCUUUCACAUCAGAGAUUUCCAAUGAAUUCAAGCAUGUAUAAAUAUUUAAUGUAUACAUAUUGUUUAAAUCCCUUCCCAAUCAGUAUCUCCUGAUUGAGAAAAUACACAAUGACCAAUAGCUAACAUGAAUUCAGUAUUGCUUUUGAAGAAAUGUGCAUAUUAAUCACCGUAGCAUCAGCAUACAUUGAAACAUAGUAAUAGAGGUAGGUGUAAGAUUUGCUCUGCAGCCAUUACUUGCUCAGGACCUGCAGAUGACUUGUGCAAUUUGGAAGGCUUCCAAGGGUCCACGGUCGCAGGGAGGAUGACCACUACUUGGAGGUGAGCUGAUGGAGGGCACACAGCGGACCUUCUCCAUCUUCCUGGUUCCUGUGCUCAGCAGAAAGUUGGCAUAAAUUGGGCCAUCAGUAAACACUUGUUGAACAAACUCAUUUGAAAUUAAUGUAUUCCCUUUUUAGCUAUCAGUAUAUGACUAAGAGAAAUUAUAUUGAAACUCAUCUGUGGUGAAGUCAUGUAGUAAACAAUAUCUGAGUUCCUGAUGUGUGCGGAGCAUGGCACUGGAUGUAAUAAAAAGGGUAUUAAAAAUUACAAACCAUG